AUGGGAAGCAGUUUUUGUUUGGGUAGAGUUGUAGUUUUCAAUUGGUUGUUGUUGUUGUCGACAAGUUUAAUCAUGGCCUUUAAAGAGGGCGUCGUGGUCGACGGUGGUUCGAUCAUGGAAGAGGUGUGCAGCUGGACUUCAGAAGACAAUUUGUUGUUUUGUAUCAACUGCUUGAAAGGAAAGGUUAUGGUACAACAACAACAAGAAGAAGGAGGACAUGAAGAUGAGAUUAAAAGAUUGGCGGGCAGACUCAUUGACUGUGCUCGCGAAACUUCCGAGGUUUCCCGGUUGUUCAUGAUAAACUUUUGCAACAAUUCCACCGGGACCAAGUUUGGAGAGGUAGGGAAGUUUUGCGUGCCAAAACUCGGCAAGGCGGAAGUCUCAUUCCAGGCGGCGCGGGAGUUCUGGAAGUAUGGUCGUAAAACAAUAACAUUGCGGGAGAUUGAGAACGGCUUCAAUGCUUUUCAUGAGUGCGCAAUCCACUUUCCAAAUGGCUUUCCCAACAUGGUUUAUGUCACACUUAAUCGUCUUAGAGUCAGAUGUGAAAUGGCUGAAGAUGUCAUCAAUUCCAUCCCUGCGGUGUAA